GAAAGGCAAGCAGCGGCAGAGGGAGGGCGUUUGCUCUCACUGAGCAGCACAGCUCGGCUGCUGCAGUCAGGGCAUCAAUUUUGUAUAGGCGUUGAGUGCAGCGCCAGUGCGUUCGCUAGCAUCAGAGCUGAGGCUUCGGCUUCCCCUCUCUCUACCAGCCUCUUUACUCGCGUCUCGCUCGGACACGGAGUGAUGGGGGGCGAUACGAGCUGUCUCUAUAGGCAUGUCCGAUUCUAGCGCAGCACUGCUCAGCUGCAAGAGUUCAGCUGAUUCCUACACUAGUAGACCAUCGGAUUCCGACCUGUCCCUGGAGGAGGACAAGGAGGCGUCUCGGCGUGAGGCCGAGCGCCAGGCCCACCUCCAGCUUGAGAGAGCCAAGACCAAACCUGUGGCAUUUGCAGUGAGAACCAAUGUCAGCUACUGUGGGGCUCUUGAUGAAGACUGUCCGGUUCAGGGUACUGCCAUCAACUUUGAAACCAAAGAUUUUCUACAUAUAAAAGAGAAGUAUAAUAAUGACUGGUGGAUCGGGAGGCUGGUGAAGGAGGGGGCAGAUAUUGCCUUCAUCCCCAGCCCUGUUAAACUGGAGGCCAUGCGGAUCAAACAGGAACAGAAAGCAGCUCAGAGGAAAAUGGGAGGGAAUGCUUCAUCUGGGGGCUGGAGGUCUACUCCUCCUUCUGCAGCCAAACAGAAGCAGAAGCAGACUGAGCACGUUCCACCCUAUGAUGUGGUUCCAUCCAUGAGGCCUGUUGUUCUGGUUGGCCCCUCACUGAAAGGCUAUGAGGUGACUGAUAUGAUGCAGAAAGCCUUGUUUGACUUCCUGAAACACAGGUUUGAUGGGAGGAUUUCUAUCACACGGGUGACUGCAGAUCUGUCUCUGGCUAAAAGGUCUGUUAUCAAUAAGAAAGCUAUCAUGGAGAGGUCGAACACUCGCUCCAGUCUGGCGGAGGUGCAGAGUGAGAUUGAGAGAAUAUUUGAGCUGGCUAAAAGUCUGCAGUUGGUGAUCUUGGAUGCUGAUACUAUCAACCAUCCCGCACAGCUUCUCAAGACCUCUCUCGCUCCCAUCAUUGUCUAUGUGAAAGUGUCCUCUCCAAAGGUUCUUCAAAGACUCAUUAAGUCCAGAGGGAAAUCUCAAAGCAAACAUCUCAACGUGCAAUUGAUGGCUGGAGAUAAACUAGCACAGUGCCCACCAGAAAUGUUUGAUGUUAUACUGGAUGAGAAUCAGUUAGAGGAUGCCUGCGAACACCUGGCCGAAUAUUUAGAUAUAUACUGGCGUGCCACUCACCUGCCAGGCGCCGCCCCCCUGAACCCUCUACUGGAGCAAAAUGUAGUUACACCCCCCUCAGCUAACUCUAGCCAACAGUUCUCAGAGACGCAGGAGCUAAUUGAAUGAGUACUACCACAAAUAAGCAGUGACACAGAACAUUCCAGAAAGACCCCCAGAAUAUUCCUCAAAGGCCAGCCACUCACUGCCCCAGAAUGAGAUGGGGCUCACAGCAACUGCCCCCCCCCCCCCCCCCCC